GUUUUUAUGGCCCCCCAAAAGGUAAAAUAUAUGUAUGGGUUGUCUCUAAAACUAAAUGAUUAUCACUUUACCCUCAAUAUAUCACAUGCCUACACGUAAGGGUGAAACUAAUAUCUAUCCUAAAAAUUUAGUAAAAUUGAAAAUUAAUUAGUCCAGCAAAGAAAUAAGAAAAACCUAUUGAGUUGAAAACCUUUUAUUUACUAUAUAAACAAUCCUCCUCAUUCUAACAAAACAAAACAAAACACACAUAACAAAGAUAAUAGAUAUGAGGGGGAAGGUUAAGUUAUCGUUCAUAGAAAAUGAUACAGUGAGGAAAACAACAUUCACCAAAAGGAAGAAAGGAAUAAUGAAGAAACUCCACGAGCUAGCGACUCUAUGUGAUGUUGAAGCAUGUGCGGUCAUCAAUAGCCCGUACAACUCGAUCCCGGAGGCUUGGCCAUCAAAGGAAGGCGUUGAAGAAGUGGUGUCGAAUUUUAUGGAGUUUUCGGUGAUAGACCGGACCAAGAAGAUGGUGGAUCAAGAGACAUUUAUACGUCAAAGGAUCGCCAAAGAAACAGAAAAACUGCAAAAGCUACGUGAUGAGAACCGAAAUUCUCAAAUUCGAGAUUUAAUGUUCGGUUGUCUCAAAGGGGAGAUAGAUGUUUAUCAUCUUCAUGGAAGAGAUCUUCUAGAUUUGAGUUUCUUUAUUGAUAAGUAUCUCAAUGGUCUUAUUCGUAGGGUUGAGAUCCUUACGGAGAACGGUGAGUCUUCUUCUUCUUUACCUCCUCCUAUUGGGGCAGCUCCUAUUGGUGUGGAUGCAUCUGCUCCAAUCGGAUUUGAUGGUCAUAUGAUUCAAUAUCAAAAUCAAGAUCAGCAAAAGCCGGUUAAGUUCCAAUAUCAGACUCUUUUUGAUUUUUAUGAUCAGAUUCCAAAGAAAAUCCAUGAUUUUAAUAUGAAAAUGAAUAUAGAUUCAAAUCAAAGUAUGAUUUUGGAUUUGAAUCAAAAUCUUAAUGUUGGAGAGAACGAGGGCAUUCCUUGCUUGGACAUCAACAACUACCAACCUGAAAUCAAUGGUCUCACUACCAUCACCACUGUCCUCACUGAUGUUUGUGCUCCUAACAUCACCAAUGAUCUCUAGCUAGUCUAAAGGAUGUAUUUCGAGUGAAGUGUUUGAUCAUCUGCAUUUUUUUUUUUCCAUUUCAGAAAACAAAAUUUAUCCGGUCUAAAAAAAAAAAAAAAUUUAUAUGUGAUGUUUUUUUUUUAAUUGUUGUAAUACUUAAAAGUUUUUUUCUUUAAGUUCGUUUCCAUUGAUGUAUUUGCCUCAAAAAGUUUAGUUCUAUUUGAAGAAGUUUAA